AUGGCGUCAGCAAUAAUCUUAGCCCUCAUACUCCUAAUUCCAAUCAUCCUGAUUCCCCGUCUCGCAGGAUGGCCCAAAUCAAUUCAAUACCCAACCAAACUUCUCCGAUCAUGGCGUCAGCGCCCCAAACAAUGCAGCGAGAUCAUCUCGUUGCGCAUGUAUCCCAUAAAAUCAUGCCGAGGCCUAGAAGUCCAAUCGACAGUCCUAAAACAGCACGGUCUCGACCUUGACCGCCGCUGGAUGCUCAUCGACGCAUCCUCAAAUACCUUCCUAACCAUCCGCCAAAUCCCGGAUAUGACCCGCAUCCGCACCGCUCUAAGUGCCGACGGCGACGAUUUGAUCGUGAGUAUCCCAAAACCAGGAACCAAUGAGUCCAGUCAGGACAAAUUCGAACAUCAAGUGCAAGACCAAGACCAAGAUCAAGAGCAUCAAUUCCACACAAUCCGUAUCCCUUCCCAUCCAUCCCCGCAAUGGCUAGCGGAAAAUACAAAUCCGGGCCCCGUCCAGAUCUGGGACACGCAUACAGAUGGGUACAGGUACAGCGAUGAAAUCAACGCCCCCUUCUCCGCUUUCCUGCGCCGCGACGUCGCCCUCGUCUACAAGGGCCCGACCCCGCGCGUGCUAAAGGGUAACGGCGCGCCCAGCCAUCUGGGCCGCGUCCAGACGACCGGUUUUCCGGAUGUGCACCCGGUGCUGAUUGCGUCGGAGGCUUCGCUGGCAGAACUCAAUGCUCGUCUGGGAAAGGCGGGCGUUGACCCGAUUACUGUCGAGCGGUUCCGUCCGAAUAUCGUUGUUCGCGGCGGAGCACCGUGGAGUGAGGAUUCGUGGAAGUUGGUUCGCAUUAACGGUCAGAAGUGUGGUGAUGGCGAGGCUGUUAUUCGGCCUUCGCUUGAUCUGGAUAUUGUGGCUCGCUGUGCGCGCUGCCAGGUGCCUAAUGUUGAUCCGGAUACGGCGCUCAAACAUAAGAAACAGCCGUGGGACACGCUUGUUUCGUACCGUAGGGUUGAUGAGGGGAUUAAAUAUAAGCCUUGUUUUGGGAUGUUGAGUGCGCCGCGUAAUGAGGGGACUAUUGAGGUUGGAAUGGAGUUGGAGGUUUUGGAGGAGACGACUGAGCAUCGAUAUAUGACUGGCUUCUAG